AUGUGGCGUCGACAUCAGGUGCUAGUUUCCGGAGCUUGGGAAUCAGCACCAUGGGUGAUAGUGCAGAGGUCCAUCCUCACCUUCUUCCAAACAUUUGUGUCUUUGAAACAACCGAUCGCAAUAAGGAGGGAGGUUGAAGUAAUCGAGCGGGUCCAAGGAAAGGUUGCCGAGGAAGAUCGUUUCUUCAAGACUUUGUUGGACUUCGGCAAUCUGUUCAAGGUGAGCUUGAUCAGCGAGCCCGAGCACGCCAGAAGGCAAAAGGAGAAAGAAGAAGAGGAGAAGAGGAACAUGGCGGGAGGUAGAGCAAUGACAGACGCGAUAAGGAGGUGGUUGGAGUCUCGAGCACCUCAACAGAAGAAAAAAGAUGGGCCCUCAAAGCUGAGGACGAAGGUGAUGGCUGUCGAUCGUCCGCAGGAAAAAAUGGUGGCCGAGGUCUAG